ACCGGACGCUAAAACUACGGUUUAGCAAAGAAUCUUCUAUACCGAAAAUUGUUUGCACAGCAAUUCCUACUAGUUUAAUACUAGUCAUCAGCGUAGCAUGGCUGUCAAGUCAAACAAUGAGCUCUGCAAAAUAAAAAGUCAAACAAAGAGUUCUUAUUGAGUAGGUAAGUGAAAAUUCUCCCUGGAUAACACGGGUGAUCUCAGGUUCUCAACUGACAGCUGGGAAAAAACGACGCAUAUGGAUAAUUUUUUCAUUUUUGAAAAACGUGUUCUUUAGUAGUUUCUUAACAAGUCAGUUCUCUAAAGCUACCUAUCCAUUGUUCAAUUGCCGCCGAGUUGACACAAUUAACACCAAGCAAUGGUCAUUAGCGCUGACACAAUGACAUACUCCUAAUUAGUACUGCAAUUUUGGGUCCUUGGGUUGUUAGAAUUCAUAACUAACUGAGAUGCGAGAUUUCACCUUAGUUUACAGCAGCUGCAGCUAUUAGCUUCGGUGGUGCAGGAUUGAUGCCAGCCAUGGCGGACAAUCCUCCAUUGAUCAUGCUCCUCGCGUUCUUGUUCUCUGCUCUUCUUCUUCUUUCUCCGGCUCAUGGCGGCAGCCGCCUUCAAAGAGGUGAAUCGCUCUCCGUGGAACGCGCCUCCGACAUCCUCGUGUCCUCCAAUGGCGUCUUCGCGUUCGGCUUCUACAACCUCUCCUCCACCGUCUUCACCGUCUCCAUCUGGUUCGCCGCCUCCGCCGGCCGGACCGUCGCCUGGACGGCCAACCGCGACCGGCCGGUGCACGGCGCGGGGUCGAAGCUCACGCUGCGGCGAGACGGCCGCCUCGUGCUCGCCGACUACGACGGCACGCCGGUGUGGCAGACCAACUCGAGCUCCGGCGCCGCCGCCGCCGCGGAGCUGACGGACUCCGGCAACCUCGUCGUGACAAGCCAUGGCGGGGACGUGUUGUGGCAGAGCUUCGACUACCCGACCGACACGCUGCUGCCGGGGCAGCCGGUGACGGCGACGGCGAGGCUGUCCACGACGGACGUGCUCCACCCGACGAGCCACUACGCGCUCCGGUUCGACGACCGCUACCUCCUCUCGCUGGCGUACGACGGCCCGGACAUCUCCAACAUCUACUGGCCGGACCCCGACGCCAGCAGCUGGGCCAACGGCAGGAUCUCCUACAACGCCAGCCGCCGGGGCGUGCUCGACGACGCCGGCAGGUUCCUCGCCAGCGACAACACCACGUUCGUCGCGUCCGACACGGGCGCCGCCGCCGGCGGCGUCACGUGGCGGCGGCUGACGCUGGACCACGACGGCAACCUCCGGCUGUACAGCCUGCGCGACGCCGACGGGGGGUGGUCGGUUUCUUGGAUGGCCUUCUCCCAGCCGUGCGGCAUCCAUGGCCUCUGCGGCUGGAACGGCCUCUGCGUGUACACGCCGCGGCCGGCAUGCUCGUGCCCUCCAGGCUACGUUCCCGCCGACGCCGGCGACCGCGGCAAGGGCUGCCGGCCGACGUUCAACCUCACCUGCGGCGGCGGCGGUGGCCGGCCGGAGAUGGGCUUCGCGCGGCUGCCGCAAACAGACUUCUGGGGCUCCGACCUCAACCUCUUCUCCUCCAUCUCCGUCGACGGAUGCAAGGCGGCGUGCCUCGAGCUCUGCAACUGCGUGGCGUUCGAGUACAAGGAUGACGUCAGCGACUGCUACCUCAAGUCGGCGCUCUUCAACGGCAAGACCUACCCCGGCUACCCCGGCACGGUGUACCUCAAGCUUCCGGCGAACUUGGUGGCGGAGUCAGACACCUACACCGCCGCCCCGGCCGCCGCCGCCGCCGUUAAUCUCGCCUGCGACGCCGCGCGAACAGAGGAGGUUCUCCUCUCCUUCUCGGCCGCCUCCCCGGACACGUCGUCGUGGCGCUACUACUACGGGUUCCUCUCGGCGUUCUUCGCCGUGGAGCUCUGCUUCAUCGCCUUCGGGUGGUGGUUCACGGCGAGGAGCCGGCCGGCGACGUCGGAGCAAUGGGCGGCGGAGGAAGGGUACAGGGUGGUCACCGACCAUUUCCGGCGGUUCACCUACGGCGAGCUCAGGAAGGCAACCAAGAACUUCAAGGACGUGAUCGGUCAUGGCCGGUACGGCUCCGUGUACAGGGGCGUCCUCGCCGGCGCCGGCGACGACCGCGCCGUGGCCGUCAAGAAGCUCAAGGCCGCGACGCCGCAGCGUGGGGACGACGAGUUCGAGACCGAGGUGAGCGUCAUCGGCCGGAUCAACCACAUGAACCUGGUGAGAAUCCGCGGCGUCUGCUCGGAGCGCCACCGCCGGCGGCGGCUGCUUGUGUACGAGUACGUGGACAACGGGUCGCUCGCCACGUGGCUGUUUGGCGCCAAGGAGACUCUCAAUUGGAACCAAAGGUACAACAUUGCCGUUGGUGUGGCCAAAGGUUUGGCCUAUCUCCACCAUGAGUGCCUCGACUGGAUCAUCCACUGCGACGUUAAGCCAGAGAACAUACUUCUCGACGAGGAUUUCGAGCCCAAGAUCAGCGAUUUCGGGCUCGCGAAGAUGCAACAGAGGAGGGAUCUCGAUGAUCCCGCCUCGUUUAGCAUCAGAGGGACCAGAGGGUACAUGGCUCCGGAAUGGGUUUCGAGUCUUCCGAUAACCGAAAAGGUUGACGUGUACAGCUACGGUGUCGUGCUUCUGGAGCUGGUUAGAGGGGCCAGAAUGGCGGAUUUGGCCACGGAUAGCGUUGGUGAUGCGGAGAUUGCGAUGAGACAGUUGGUGUGGAAGAUCAGGGAAGGGUUGAAGAUUGGUGAUCGGACAUGGGUAAUCAGCUUGGUGGAUCGUAGGUUGAAUGGUAGCUUCGUUUACUCACAGGUGGCGUUGAUGCUGGAGGUGGCUACGUCGUGUUUGGAGAAAGAAAGGAACCAAAGACCAAGUAUGAAUGAUGUAGUUAAGAAGUUUUACACAUCAGACAAAAAGGUUGAAUUCAUUGGGGAAAUGUCAAGCUAGCAAGCAAUCUGAUGGCAAUGUUGUAGUUGUAAACCUCCUGUACAAACUUCAACUAUAGUGAAAAGGAGUUCUUUUUUGAUACU